AUGUCCAAAGUCCAGCCCCUAUAUGGCGGUGCAAUCUCGUGUGUGAUCCCAGAGGGCUUUUUAGAUGCCUCAAUUUUACGGGAAGUGCCCGAUACUCAGGAAGUUUUCGUCAACUCUCGAGACCCAAAUGAACUCCACAAAUACACCGACGGUUUAGGGCUCGAAGAAAGCAUAAUCGUGGACCUUUUGCAACGCGUGGACGCUGACAGCGACCGGGACGCGCUAGAACUGCAUUUGCAGGAAAUUACAGGCCUCAAUGGCAGCAACGAAUGGACCGUGGUAAAACUGGACGUUGCAAAACAGCCUGCCCAUUACCAAACAUGCGUGGCCGUCGAAACUGCGUACAAAUGGGGCAAACAAGACGAGAAGGAAACACUUGUGCUGUGUUUGGCCCUGUUGCGGCUCGAAGAUGUGCAAACAGAUGUAAUUUUGAGCGUUAAUUUGCCGAUUUCGAAAGAACCAACGCUCAAGGAACUACAAAAUUGGACCCGGGAACCGUCUCAACCACCACCAGACCAGGUCCAGUCCGCCUAUACCCUACUACAGACCAUGGCUUCCAACUUUAAGGUUCUUGAUCAAAGUCUUUUCGUGUAA